AUGGCCACCAACUCCUUUCAUCAAACUCUUCAUCACCACCUCUCCCUCCGCCGAGGCCACCUAAUAGACUGCCCUCACUCCACUCUCUCCUCUUCUGCCUUCCUUAAACCCACCACCACCACCACUACCAUCACCAACACCAUUUCUAUCUCCCACUCCUCCAUAACUUCCUCUCUCUCCUCCUCGUCCUCCACCACCUCCACCACACCCUCCACCUCCCAAACCAUCUCCUUUGACCUCCUCCAACAGCACCUCUCCUCCCAAAACUUCCGGCAAGCCGACGAAGAAACCCGCCGCCUCCUCAUCGUCCUCGCCGGCGAACCAGCCCAAAAGCGAGGCUAUGUCUUCUUCUCCGAGGCCCAAUUCAUCUCAGAAUCAGACCUCAAAGCCAUCGAUGACCUCUGGAAACAACACAGCAACAACAAAUUUGGGUACAGCAUUCAAAAGAAAAUAUGGAAAAAAGUUAACAAAGACUUCACACAGUUCUUCAUCAAGUUGGGCUGGAUGAAAAAGCUUGAAACUGAGGUCGAGCAAUACAAUUACAGGUCUUUUCCCACUGAGUUCAUAUGGGAACUCAGUGAUGACACACCAGAGGGUCACUUGCCAUUGACAAAUGCACUCAGAGGGACCCAACUGCUGAAUAGCAUUUUGAGCCACCCAGCUUUUGAAGGAGAUGAAGGUGUUGAGGAGAGAGAAAGUGAGAAUGGUAGGUUGGGAAGUUCAGGAGAUAGCUCAAAAGUACCACUGAGCAACAGAUUGUUCGAAUCAGACUACAGUUUUUAA